AUGCAGCGCCAACAGCCGCACAGCAACCGGAGCCACAGAGCCGUGCAGUUUUUAGCACUUCACCCGCCAAAAUACCACCCGAACAAUGACACUAAUACCCAGGUUAAACCAACGCACCGUUAUUUGACAACCUCCGACGCGCACCGCUCUUCCUCUUCGCCUCUCCGUGUGCCCCAAUACAGCGUUCCUGCCCCCUCCUCCACACCAGCGGGACCAUGAUGCUCAGCAGCUCCGUGGAGGUCCCCAGCCCGGGCGGGCUGAGCACCCUCAGCGGGCUGAGCGUGGCAGCUCGGAACGUGGUGCGCUCCUCCAGCAUCUCGGGGGCGAUGUACAACUUAGAGAAGAGUCCCAGCGGCGGUGGUGGCGGCGGGGGUCCCGAGACGACAUCUCUGGCCGGUAACAAGAAGCGGCGUUCCAGCCUGGGCGCCAAGAUGGUGGCUAUCGUGGGCUUGUCACAGUGGAGCAAGAGCACGCAACAACUAAACCAGCAUGAUGGCGGCACCAAGAAGCUCCGCAGCACAAUCCGACGAAGCACGGAGACUGGCAUCGCCGUGGAAAUGAGGAACCGGGUGACGCGGCAGGGCAGCAAGGACUCCACAGACGGCAGCACCAAUUCCAACAGCUCCGACGGAACAUUUGUAUUCCCGACCACGCGCCUCGGGCCCGAGAGCCAGUUCAGCGACUUCCUGGAUGGAUUAGGCCCCGCUCAGAUUGUCGGGCGGCAAACAUUAGCUACACCUCCCAUGGGGGACGUCCAUGUUGGCAUGGUGGACAGAGGAGGUCAGCUGGAGGUGGAAGUCAACCAGGCCAGAGGCUUGAUCCCCAAACCAGGAUCCAGGAAUAUACCCGCGACCUACGUGAAGGUGUACGUCCUGGAGAAUGGAGUGUGCUUGGCGAAGAAGAAAACCAAAGUCGUGAAGAAGAACCUUGACCCCAGCUACCAGCAGCCUCUGUUGUUUGAUGAGAGUCCUCAGGGCAAAGUCCUCCAGGUAAUAGUGUGGGGUGAUUACGGGCGUAUGGACCACAAGUGCUUCAUGGGAAUGGCCCAGAUCCUGCUGGAGGAUUUGGACCUCUCCGCCACAGUCAGCGGCUGGUACAAGCUGUUCCCUACCUCCUCUCUGGCAGACCCGAGCAUCGGACCCCUCGCCCGGCGCCUCUCUCAGUCGUCGCUGGAGAGCGCCACCAGCCCGUCGUGCACCUAAGCUGAGUCAUUCAAGCGUCGGUACUGUACAUACCACUCCAGACUGUCUCUCCAAGAGCUCCACGUCCAUCACGCACAUUGCCACCUAGCGAGUAUUAGUUCCAAGAAGUCAUCGCUGCGGCAUAUUUGACCCCAAAACGUAGCAUUUCCCCCCCCCUUUCCCACUCCCCACCAUGCUUCACGGUGCCAUAACCUUCAUUCAAGGUUCCACAGUUCCAUACUUUCUAAACUCUCUAUGCCAAACUAAGAAACUUUAUUUUUUAAAACCAAAGCAAUCCUUCUUCUUCUUCUUCUAGUCGUGUAGAUGAUCUAGUAGAACAUUAUAGCGUAUGGAUAUGUAGCAGAGCCAAUGAAAGGUGAGGUAGCAACACUGCUAUUGUUGUACAGGGCAGGGCUGACUAUAUCUAGAUAUGCAUACAGUAAAACAUACAUAAGUACAGCAUAUACAGUAUAGCUUGGUGGUUACACAAUUCCUUGUGUUCACGUCUGUAUUGGCUGCAUUCUGCAUGUUUGCUUGCAACCUUUUGUAGACCACUCAUUUAGCCUUUGACCAAUGUAAUAUAAGAGAGUGGCGCUUUAUUUCCACUGAAGGGCGUUGGAUAAAAUAUCAAACACUUGCCUUGAGCACAAAAGGGAUGCUGGGAAAUACGCAUGGCUUCAUAUGAAAGGUCUCCUAUUAUGCAAAAUGGAUUGUUUUAAUGAUGUUCUAACAGUAAUAUGUUCCCCCAGAGCCUGUUUAGAACCUCCAAAUGGCAGCAGAAUAUAUCAUCUCCCUCACUGUUGAGAGAAGAGGUGCUUUGGAGUUUUUUUGGUGGGGGGGGUUUAUUAUAUAAUUUGCUACACGUCUUAAAAUAGAGCUCUGCCAACCUGAAGGCAACAUUUCCUUCCCCAUGGACAUGAGCUUGCCCAGUGUGUAUGCUAAACAUUUUGUGGGAGGGAAAAAAAAAAACACAGGCUUCGCUACACAUUUAAAAAUAAAACUUAGACCUCUGCUAGCCUGGUUUUCAUGACAUCUUGUAUAAACAACAACAAAACUAAUUCCUUGUGGACAUGAUCAUGCCCUAUAUGAAUGCCCACCACUUCAUGGAAGACCGAUUUGAAAAACUAACACAAACAAGGCUUCGCUACACAUAUUAAAACAAAGCCUUGAGCUAUGCCAACUGUGUUCCAUGACGACACAAAGGCAAAAUUUCCUUCCUCAUAGACAUGACCUUGCCCCAUUCAUGGACAGUAGCUUUGUGGGAAAAAAGCAGGGCUUUGCUACACGUUUUAAAAUUAAAACUUAGACAUCUGCCAGUCUGGUUUUCAUAACAUCUUGAAGAAUAAAACUCCUUCCUCAUGGGCAUGCAUGAUCAUGCCCUGUGUAAAUACCUACCACUUCAUAGAGCAUAGCUUUGAAAAAAACAAAACAAAACAGGCUUUGCUACACAUAUUAAAACAAAGAGCUAUACCAACUGGUUUCAUGACAUCAUGAAGGCAAAAACUCUGUCCUCAUGGAUGUGAGCCAAACUCGUGUACAGACUAAAAACUUCAUGUGAAAAAAUACUUUAGUAAAAAAAAAAAGCAGGCUUCGCUACACAUCUUAAAAUAAAACUUAGACCUCUGCCAGCUUGGUUUUCAUGACAUCUUGAAUAACAAAACUCCUUCCUCGUGGACAUGAUCGUGCCCCAUAUAAAUUCCUACCACUUUAUGGAAAUAAAAAUAAACAAGGCUUCACUACACAUAUUAAAAAAAAAAGCUUUGAGCUAUGCCAACUGGGUUUCAUGACAUCAUGAAGGCAAAAACUCUGUCCUCAUGGAUGUGAGCCAAACUUGUGUACAGACUAAAAACUUCAUGUGAAAAAAUACUUUAGUACAAAAGAAGCAGGCUUCGCUACACAUCUUAAAAUAAAACUUAGACCUCUGCCAGUCUGGUUUUCAUGACAUCUUGAAUAACAAAACUCCUUCCUCAUGGACAUGAUCGUGCCCUAUAUAAAUUCCUACCACUUUAUGGAAGACAGCUUUGAAAAAUAAAAAUAAACAAGGCUUCGCUACACACAUUAAAAAAAAAAGCUUUGAGAUCUGCCAACUGGGUUGAAGGCAAAAUCUCCGUAUUCAUUGAUGUGAGCCUAGCCUGUGUAUAAGCUGAGAACUUCAUGGACAGUAGCUUAGCAAAAAAAAGCAGGCUUCGCUACAUGUUUUAAAAUAACCUUUACAGCUUUGUAAGGCGAGUAGCAUAAUACGGGACCUUUAUAAAGGGUGCAAGUGCUCCCCAGGCAGGAGGGAGUAUCACUCGCAUCUUUUUCUGUGAACCAGCGUUUGACUUUCUCAGCAUGGGAUGGAAUAAGGAGGCCUCACACCCACACUUGAUACCAAUGACCUUUAACCCUUUCUCGACUGAUGCGAAAAGUACAGAUGUUUGAUUCGGGUAUAGAUUAGCGUAGGUUUCUGUUCCAUACAGCACUUUAUUGUAAAAUAAUAUUCUCUCACACACUUCUAUGCUGUUUCGCUAUGUGGUUCUUUUCAUUGAAUGCCAGCAUGGAAUUGUAUCUGCACGUUUGUUUAUUUAUGAUUAUUAUUUUGCUUCAUUUGUUGCUUUUUUUUUCAUAGUUUUUGAACAACAACAGGGCAGUUUAACUUGUAGCACUUUCUCAAAGAUGAAUUCCACACAUGAAAAGGUGUAGCAGGAAGUUCAAUGUAGUUGUUUUCCGGGAAAAGAAAACAAAAAAAAGGAGGAAGCUAUUGACGUUUACUGUUAUCUAUGGAGUGACUGAAGAGUCAGCAGUGCAUGUUGGUACUAAAGUACAUUCCGCUGAUGAGCACUAAGUACGCGUUUGCAUUUCUACUUCAUUCCUCUUGGAGGCUUUUUAUCCUCACAGCCAACAAAAGUCUCACUGAUCUCAAUUUUAUUCACCUAUAAUAUUGUAUGGUGUUCUAUAUAUAUAUUAUAUAUAUAUAUAUGUAUAUAUAUAUAGUAUAUAUAUGUCUUUUUGUGGACAGCUGGCAUGAUAAUGUAAAAUAAGUACAAAUACUGUAUUUGCACACCAAUCUUUUUGUGAUUCCUAAAAAAAAAAUCCCACUUUACCCCCCCCCCCAUCCAAAUCCAUGUUCACUGCUGAAUGUUUACUCCUUUGCAAAAAAAAAAAAACAAAGAAAAAAAUAAUAAUAUUGACAUUAAUGGCAGUGUUUUGGAGCUUUUCCGACAGUCUUUGCUUGUGUGGUGAUCCCUUAAGACAAGAAAAGUGGAGAAGGAAACAACUCAACGUAUUUAUCAGCGUCUUUUUGAAUCCCGCAACCAAAAAGCAACGUGAAAUAUAAAAUUGCCUUUCUUCAACGUGAGGUGUGAGUGUGUGCAGCGACUAACGAGAGUGAGGACUGGACGAGUGUAGAAGUGAAGGAUAGAUAUGGAGAUAUUUUCAAUGAAGUCAAGAUGGGUAAAGGAUGCACGUUUGGGGGAUAUGAAGAUUUUUUAAAAGAUUUCUAUCACUUCAUUAUCAUGUGUUGCUGUUUUUUCUUUCUUGAGAUGAAAGUCGUUGAAGCCUGUAUGGUAACGUUUUGAAUGUGAAAGCACUGAAACGGGAGGUUUUUGGGUUUUUUUUUUUUUGGAAGCAGGGGUGUCCAAAGGUUGUGUUGUUUGGGGGCCAUUUUGAUACAUUUUGUGAGGUAAAGACGCUACAACCAAACCAAUGUAGAUCUAUAUCCAUCCUUUUCUUCCAGCUUAUCAGGGUCCGGGUUGUGGGGCAGCAUCCUUAGUUGGGAAGCACAGACUUCCUGGUUUUUAGUUCCACUGUGCCCUGAGGUCAAACCCUUGGAACCUCAUUUUUUGUUGUUAAUUUGUUCCAAAAUGUCGGAAUUGCAUAAACAUUUUUUUGAUUACAUCCCGGAGAGAAGGAAUGUAACUUUCUUUGGCCCCAUGGCGGGUUAUUUACCAACAGUGAGCAAUGCUGGGGAUGGUUUGUCUAAAUAUUUGAAACAUACCAAGGUUUAACAUUUAGAAUAAGCCACAAUAAUAAAACAGAUGUAGGCCAAAAUUUUCCCCCGUGCUGCUCGCUUAGACUUCCCCAGGGUAGCUGGGGGGGGGACAUAAUCCUCCAUUGUGUCCGAGGUCGACCCAUUGGAACAUCGUUACUUUGAAAAUCGAGGUGAUUUUUGCCUUUGGAAUCUGUUCCAGACACCCAAAAACGAAACAAAACAUACAUUUUAGGGAGAAUAAUUUCACGUGCAUAAAACAAUGUGAAAUAGUAGUAAAUAACAAUUGGAUUCAAAGUUAUUCCCGUACGUCCUGGAGAGAUCCAAUUCAAUGGUGUUUCUCACCUUCUUUAGUGAAUUGGUGGCACUUGCAACAUUCCUUGGCCCCAUGGUGGGCUAUUUAGCAGUCGCACAAUAACAUUGUAGCCACUCCAAUUCGCGGAACAAUACAGGACUGGGAAAAAAACUGAAUCCUAUUGGUUUUCAUUGUGGAUUAUGCCAAGGGACACACAAGCCCCCCCCUUUGUACACCCCUGACGUAAAGCUUUGUACCCCUAGAUGAAGAUUUGUUGUUAAUCUGAGGUUUGAAUGUCCACAGCUACCAUGUUGCGUGCAAAAAAAACAAAAAGAAAAACGUACUGUAUCUUCAAUCAACCUGUUGCAAAUGUAUUUUAUUUUUGUAAGCAGAGAGGCGAUAUUGCGAGGAGGUCGUGUCUAAGAAGAUGAGGGCUUGUUCAGUUUACAAUGGCCUUAUUAUUAUUAUUAUGAUUAUUAUGAUUAUUGUUAUUGUAAAAGAGACAUCAAUGCUUCACUUUAUUGUAGCACACAAAGUUUUGACAAAUGUAUUUUGCUUGAAAUAUUGUUACUGGAGUUCUACAUCCAAUAUCUAUAUACUAUAUAUACAGUAAGUGUGUAAAUGUAGAGUUUUAUGAAUGUAUUUCUUAACCAGUGUACCUUUUAUGUCUUUUACUUUUACAGUACUGUCUUUUUAGACUACUACUUGUACUCUACUGUAUUAUUUGUGUAUUCCCUUGAAGAAAACAGCUCAGUGGGUGAAAUGAGCAUGAAUUAACUCAUUAGUUAUUGACAUAUCUGAACCAAGUAUCAGGCUGAUAGCAUUUGACUUUUGUACAUGAUAUUAUUUACCGCAUGGUUACGCUGAUUAUUCUUGUAUUUCAUUGUCCAUCACGUGGAGUCAUUUUUCGGCGAGGAGGCGGAUUAAGUUGCCUAGCGACAGAUUUUGAAGAGAUGCAAAGAAUCCGCAUAAAAAAAUCUGUAGCUUAAAUAGGGUUUCUGGGAACUUUCCAUGUGAAGUUUGGCUGAGGAAUUAUUGGAAUUUUAUAUAUUUAAAAUUGUAUUGGGAAACAAGAGGAACCUGUGGGGAUAAUUUGUUAAAAAAAAGCAUGCAAACUAAUAAUACAAUAUAAAUAAUAGUAAUAUUUUUUUAAUUGAACAUCAAUUUUAAAAUGUUAACUUUUAUUUAGAAUAAAGUUCUACAUUUUAUGAGGAAAAAAAAUAGUACAUUCACGAGAAAAAUUCAUAAUAUUACAUGUCAUUACGUGAGUUUUUGUCUCGUACGUUUAUGACUAUAUUCUUGAAAUCUCAGAUUAUUUUAAUACCCUGUCAUAACAGCCAUUUUCUGAUGCUUUAUUCUUGUGAAUUUAUGACUUUUUUCUUGUUAAUUUACAAUUUUAUUCUCAUGAAUUUACGACUUUAUUCUAGUGAAUUUGUAACUUUUUCUUGUGGAUUUACAACUUUAUUCUCGCGAAUUUGUAACUCUUUUCACGUUAAUUUACGACUUUAUUCUUGUGAAUUUAUGACUUUUUUUCAUUUAUUUACAAAAAAAAUUUCUUGUAAAUUUACGACUUUAUUCUGGUGAAUUUAUGACUUUCUCAUGAAUUUACAACUUUUUUUCUUGUAAACUUAGUUCUCAAAAUAUAAUUUUAAAAAAAAGCGGCACUAAUUUACCGUCAUAGAAAUACUACUACCACUUUAGUAAUAUUAUUUAUAAUAAAAUAAUAAGAAUAAUUAUAAUAGUAGCUAUAAAAUAUUACAUUGAAAUAUAGUAGAAAUAAUUGACUAUUACUAGUACUAAUGAAAUGGUAAUACUUGAAGUAAAAGUAAUAGAACAUAAAAUAAUUAUUUGGCAAUUUUAAAACAUUUUGACUAACUCAAUUUGCUUUAAUGUAAAUACCUGCCGAAUGAGUAUUAUAAAUGAAAUAAAAUCCAAACAAUUCCCACGGAAUGUUUUCCCAGAAUGAUGCAACCCUAAUCUUAAAGUAGCACGAGCUUUGGCUUUUAUUUCACAGGCAAUAACUAUUGAUUGUAGCCUCUAACAGUGGCUAUACUUUAGAGUUGUGUGGCGGACAAAUGAAGACUUCCAAUCCCAUUUUGCGGCGCCUCAGGCAGGAACGAUAUCUGCUAUUUGUACUUCCUUUAUUGCCAAUGUAGCAGCUUUCAUGUGAACAGGAACAGACAUGAUGUUUGUUUGUUUGUGUCACUUUAAGUGUCAAUUUGUCUUCAUCCAUGUUGCUUAAUGUUAAAAAUCACAGCACAGGUUUCCUAAGUAGCCAUCCUAAGGCCCGACCCCCCCAACCACACUUUCUAGGUCAAUUUCCCAAGCCAGCAAAGCACAAGUGUCCCUGAAUGCAACAGGACAAAAGAAGUUGAUUAAAGAAACACAAGCACACACACACACACACACACACACACACAAAGUUGAACCUUGAUCCACAUUGCUGGUGGUCCGCUCUAAACAGGCCUUAUAAUAUUACCUUUCCACUGAGGUGUUUGCAAAAAAAAAAAAAAAAAAAAAGGACAGCGUCACGUGGGCGGAUGCAUUUUAGGGCAAAAAUCGAGCGAGAGAAAAAAAAAGGGAGAAGCUGUAAUUUUCUACCCGUGCUUUGUAAAUGUUUUCUAUGUGCAGUAUUUGAUAAUGUAAAACUGGUAUUUUUGUGGUUUGUACGCUGCAAAAUUGAUGACUUACGGUGCACGUAAUUUUUUUAAGAAAACAACACAAACUGAGGGGUACACACACACACAAACAAAAAAAAACAUUUCCGAUUCAGAAGCCUGUAUUUGCAUGCCCUUUGACCUCUGGACGCAAAGUCAUUAAAGUCAAGUUGAAUCACAAA